CUUUGAUCCCUAAAACACCCGGUGAUCAGCCCGCAGCAGGAGAGAGAGCCACCCUGCCUGGCACGCUCUCGCCGGAGGAGCGCUCACAGGAACAACGCAAGGUUGCCACAGACGGUGAGGGAACCCCCGCGGCGACCUUCGGCGGAUCUUGUUUCUGACAGCAACAUCAGGCUUGUUGGGUCGGAGAGCAGCAGAGAGCAGCAGAGAGGCGCUGCUGCCAAGCGUACAGGGAGGAAUUCAAGGCUGUACUGGAAAAGCGGGCCUGGCGCCAGUGGGGUGGGUGCGCUAGGCGCCGUGGUCAGCAGCAGCAACAGGAGGAGUAGCAGUAGGCUGGAGAUAAGACGCUGCGCGUUGGUUUGACAUCGGCCGAGCGGACGCUGCACACCCAUGUUUGCGGUUGAGCUAGCCGGACAUGGAGUGGUCAGGGACCCGGGCUUUCCGCCUUACCCGGUGUUUGUGAUCAGCGUGACGCAGCCGAUCCAAAGUUGGACGGUAUACCGGAGGUUCUCCAGCUUCCGCAGCCUGGGGGAGCACCUCGGGAACACGGUGGGGGGGGCGGGGGGGUUGCCCGGAUGCCCGCACAUGACGGACGAGAUGCUGAUGGGAUCAGACGACCAGCUGGAACGUGCACGAGUGCUGCUGCAGCAGUGGCUUCACUCCACACUGCUCUUCCCGGGAGUGAAGGAGAGCCAGUGCUUGCGGAACUUUCUCUGUGCGAGCGCGAACUCUCCCCCACCUCGGCUUGAGAUCCAGUGGGCCGGGUCCCAGGGAGGGCACUGUCCCAGCCUGGACGAAAUGCAGAUGGAUGAGCUGUUCGGCAGACAUCCCGAUGACCCGGACGAUCUUGACGAAGUGGAUGACGACGACGAUAACGCCAGCGAGAGCACUCCCGAGGGCUACGGUCACAAUCACAUCCACCGCGGUGUGCCUUCCCAUAACGGCGGCGGUGGGAUCGUCAUCGGUAACGGCGGCGGAUUCGGAGACUCGAUGGACCAGGCGGGACAAAGCAUGGAGCUGGAGCCUCGAUCGUUCAGCAGGGCGGCGGGCGGGCAGCGGGGGUACGAGCCAGCGGCGGGCGACAUGCCCAAUGAGGAGGACAUCGCGUCUAGCGUGCCGAUCGAUAUCACCUUCAUGGACCCGUCCGCGAUGCACUGGGGGAACGGGAGCGGGAACGGGAACACCAACUCGGGCGCUGGUGCUGCCGCACUGGGCAGAUGCGCCAGCUCCGAAGGUUGGGCCGGCGGGGCCGUCGAGCCCGUCAACGGCGGACAUGCGGCGGGAUUCAGCGGAGGCGGUAGCGGCAUCGGCGCUGCGGGGGUCGGGGCCGGGGGGGGCGCGGGGGGGGGGGUAGGGGCGGGGGGGGGGGCGAGCGGGGGCAGCAUGGGGGGCGGGACGCCCGCGGCGCUCGCGAAGCGGAAGGUCGGCCUGGACAGCUUCAAGAUCGUGCGGGUGAUCGGGAAGGGAAGCUUCGGGAAGGUGGAGCACACCAAGACAGAAAGAAACGUCCUGGGUUACGUCAAGCACCCCUUCAUCGUAGGCCUCAACAUGGCCUUCCAGACCCGGGACAAGCUCUUCUUCGUGCUGGACUACUGCGCAGGGGGCGAGCUUUUCUUCCACUUGGUGAGAUACUGCAGUACGUACGGAAAGCACGGCAAGUUUCCCGAGCCAAGAUCACGGUUCUAUUCGGCGGAGAUCGCGCUCGCUCUCCAACACGUGCACAGACUGGACAUCGUGUACCGAGACCUAAAGCCCGAGAACGUUUUGCUGGACGGAGAAGGGCACAUCCGAUUGACAGACUUCGGAUUAAGUAAGGAGGGUAUCUCCAACACAACGUCGGGGGCACAUUCAUUCUGCGGGACCCCUGAGUACCUCGCGCCAGAGAUUCUCAACAGACAGGUGCGAACGGGUGCGGGUCACGGUCGUGCGGUGGACUGGUGGUCCCUCGGAGCGCUGCUGUACGAGAUGCUUACGGGCCUACCACCCUUCUAUUGUCGAGACAGGGAGAGGCUUUUCGAUAAGAUCAGGAAGGGUAACCUAACCUACCCCCGAUACCUUUCGGGCCACGCUCAAGACAUACUUCAUGGGCUUCUCACUCGAGACCCUUCGAAGCGAUUGGGAAGCUCGCUCGACGAUGCCCAGGAGGUCGAACGGCAUCCCUUCUUCGCACCUCUCGACUGGGAUCGCGUAAUGCGGCGAGAGGUGGCCCCGCCAUGGGAGCCGGUGCUGGUAGGGUCUUUAGACUCGAGCCAAUUCGAUCGAGAGUUCACCUCGAUGCCGAUCUUGAGCCCUGACCAACGGGACCACAAGGUCGGAACCUUCCUCAAUACCGUAGGUUGCCUGGGACAGAGCAUAACUUCUAACGACGACACCUUUGAAGGCUUCACGUUCGUGGACAACUCGAGCCACCUGCUCUACGGAGGUGCGCGGACACCAGCAACGAUUGCCGCCGCCGCUUCAGCCGCUGCGGACUACCCGCACGCGGGAGCGGGGGCGGGGGCGAGCUCCGCAAAAGUGACAGCGAAAGCAGCGGCAGCAUGCACUUCGAUGAUGGGCCUGCACUCGUAGCAGCAGCGUGUAGCGGUGGAUAUGGAUGCCAUGGACAUGCCAGAUAUAUAAGGAAGGGGGAGCGUACACAGGGGGGGGGCUAUUUUUUCCCCUGGUUGUUUGUGUGGGUGCGACUUCGAGCAAUCAAGCGAGAUGAUAGGCUGUACUGCCGCCAGAGUUGGGGAGUUCAACGACGAGAGAUGAGAUAAGCAAUCAAGCACGCGCCGUGCCGUCUGUUUUACAGCCUACCGCUCGCACACACAAGAGGCUUGUGCCGGGGGGGCAGGGCAUGAGGGUCGUAUGUCUAUCCUGCCGACGUUAUAAGACGGAAUAUUCGGCCAGUGUGGUGCAAGAGUCGAGCACAACAGCUGAAAAGAAGGGAGGCAGAGAAGACCAGAGGGCGGCGCCUGACUGACUUGUCAAGCGGUGUGAGAAAGCGAGCUGGUCAGGGCAGGCAAUCAGCCAUUAAUUCAAGAUGUUAAGCGAUGUUAAGCGAUCAUUCGUUGUGAGUGAAAAUCGGCACAAAGAGAGUUGGUUGAGGGUGGUGGGCGAUGGAGUACAAUACAAGCACGAUGCGUUCGGCGAGGAUGAGAUACUGUUUACCUGUCGUGUGGCGGUCGGUCCUAGGCCGGCUAGCAGCAGUGGCAGGCUUGCAUCGCUUGCUCUUGCCGUUGGGGAGAGGGAAGAGAGAGAACCACCAGGGAGACUCGACUAAGGCGGAGAUGAGUAGGCGUAGAGGAGAGCGAGAGAGGUGGCGUCACUUGAGAACGAGAGAGGGGAGGGAGGGAGGGAGGGAGAGGAUUUGGUCGGCGUUGUGUCCCGCGAUGAUCAUUGCAGAGGUGACUUUCAUGCGCGGUAGGCACAGUCGUUCCAUCCAGCUGUAGCCCUGAGUGACUGUUGACACAGCAGUUGGUGUGGCGUGCCCCGUGUAACAUGCGUUGUUUGUCGUGUGGUGUUUUUUUUCGUCUUGCGAACAUUUUUUUUUUUUUCGCGAACGCUCGGAAGCUCAAUCCGCGGUAACAUCCCGCGGGUGGUGAUCCAUCCGCAGAGCAGGGUUCGCUUCCCUUCUGUACGAAACCGUCAGCAAUACAGUUUCGCACCAGUUGGGGAAGCGCUUACAGCAAAGGUUUGGUAGGUAAGGGUGUUCGAGAUGAGUGCUCGGAAGGAGGGGUAAGAAAAGUCGCCGUGGUGUUUUGUUUGUCCCAUCAAUGUGAAAGGAGGAGCAGUGUUCAUGUAGAGGCAGGGCCUUCCCUUGUAGAUCGUUUUGAUGGGCGGUGCAUUUCGUGCUUCUGCUGUUUUUGUCGCUGCUGCUGCUGCUGCUGCUGCUGCUGCUGCUGCUGCUGCUGCUGCUGCUGCUGCUGCUGCUGCUGCUGCUGCUGGAAGGUCUUGGAAGUAUGAACGUGGGGGCGGGGGGGGUAUCAAUCGUUCAUGUUUAGCCAUCUGGACAAAUCAUUUUCCCAGGUGUGUUGUCUAACGUGUGGUGGGUACGUGGGCCAGCAGGAAGGAACAGUCUCGCAAAUGAGCAGAGGAAUUUAUCACGGCACUCGUAUUGUUAAUUUUUAGCGUGGGGAGGUCUCAGCGCAUCUCAUGGGCGCAAAGGGAGCCGCCCCCCCCCCCCCCCCCCCCCCCCCCCCCCCCCCCCCCCCCCCCCCCCCCCCCCCCCCCCCCCCCCCCCCCCCCCCCCCCCCCCCCCCCCCCNCUGUCUGCCAGUGUUCGUGCGGAAGAGAUCAAGAGCGCACCAUUCUUGAUUUUGGUCUUUGUUUUCAAGGCUUCUUUUUUUCUCUCGUGUGGUGGUUUCGAACGGGGGGGAGGGUGGAGCGUAAGGCGCGGGUCCCCUUUCCUGGUCAUUCUGUGUUUGAGUUCGACAUGGCGUGUGGUAGAUGGAUAUGAUGUUGGUCAUGUUGUCGCCGGCGAUAUUAUUAAUAGCGGGAAAAGGUGUGGGUGAACAUGUGAACAUGUCGCGAUUUGUUGGCUCCCAGGGUUAGGUGCGUACAUGGGUUGACUUGGGUUCGAUGGGCUGGCUCGCUCGGUUAACUUGAGGUUCGUUGUAGAGUAGCCUUGGUUCUGUCGUCGGUUGUUUGGUGUAGUAGAUUGUUCUUGGAGAGAAACAGGUAGGUGUCGUCCAUCUCUUCGGCGGUCACGCUUUUGGUUCCCUUUUUUUGAUGUUGUUGAGAUGCUUAGCUUGGUAACUGUAAGAAAUCUUUGACCUUGAUUUUGUAUUGUAGUGACACAGAACCCAACAAAUAUUUUUGUGUGGUAUCUACCCACCCCCAUGCC